AGAGAUGAGAAAAAGUAAAGAAAGAAAAGCAAGAAAGCGGUUUCUCUCAUUCACGGCGUCCGUCGCAAACAGCCUCGCGGUGGUCUCUUCUGCAAAAUGUCUCUGGUGGCAAACGAGGAUUUUCAGCACAUCCUUCGUGUGCUGAACACAAAUGUGGAUGGAAAGCAGAAAAUCAUGUUCGCUCUCACCUCCAUCAAAGGUAUCGGUCGCCGCUUCGCCAACCUCGUCUGCAAGAAGGCCGAUGUCGACAUGAACAAGAGAGCUGGGGAAUUGAGUGCAGCUGAGCUGGACAAUCUGAUGACUAUUGUUGCCAACCCUCGUCAGUUCAAAAUCCCAGACUGGUUUUUGAAUAGGAAGAAGGAUUACAAGGAUGGAAAGUACUCUCAGGUCGUUUCCAAUGCUCUUGAUAUGAAGUUGAGAGAUGAUUUGGAACGCUUGAAGAAGAUCAGGAACCAUCGUGGUCUGAGGCACUACUGGGGCCUUCGUGUUCGUGGCCAACACACCAAGACUACAGGCCGCAGGGGAAAGACUGUUGGUGUCUCUAAAAAGCGCUGAGAUUUUAUUUUUCUUUGUUCCAAACUAAAUAUAUAUGGUUGGGCAAUCCAGAUUUUUGGCUAUUUAGUAUGUUUGAUUGGACAUUUUUAGAUUUUUGUUACUGUGGGCUGUGGUUGGGUGUUUCACUGUGGUUGUGUUUUUAAGCCUGUAACCCUAUUAUCAUAUUUGGUCAAUUUUGGUUUUUCUAUGGUUCUA